UAUAAAUCCAUUGAAUCUCUUAAAUAGAAGACCCCUCUUUCCUGAUUAACUUGUGUUUUCUUAGCCAAUUUCUUAAGUAAUUCCAUAUAUUCUUGUUUUCCCCCUUUGCGUUUACGUCAUUGAUUAUCUCUCUUUUUUGGGUUUUUGUUUUUUCCUUCCUAUUUCUCCAUUCAACCCAUCAUGGGAGUUUAGUAUAUAUACAAGUAUACUCCAUUUUCCUUUGUGGGUAAUCGUUUAUUUGGAUAAAAAUCUUGCUGAUUCUUCCCAAUUUUGACGAUUUGAGUUGUGAUUCGGUUAAUCUUAGGGCUCUAUCUACAGAAUCUUGAUUUCGUCGAUGCUGAAAAACUAGCUGGAUUUGAUCAAAUCGGCCGAGGGUACGGUGGUCUUUUUCUCUCUCUAUCUCUAUCCAUAUAAUGGUUUAGGUUAUUUGUGGGAUUGAAUUGGGAAACCUUCUCUAAUCUAUCUCGGGUUUAUUGAGCUGGUUUCGGGUUAAAGAAGAUGAGUUCAAAUGAAAAUGUAAUCCAAAGGGGAAAGCUUCUAGUUCAUAUAGCUGAAAACGGGCAUUCUUUUGAACUUGAUUGCGAUGAAGACACCCUUGUUGAAUCAGUCCAACAAUAUUUAGAAUCUCUUUCGGAGAUUCGAUUAAAUGAUCAGCUUCUGCUGUAUUUGGAUUUGAAAUUAGAACCUCAACAGCCACUCUCUGCAUACAAACUCCCAUCGGAUGAUCGAGAAGUUUUCUUGUUUAAUAGAGCGAAAAUGCGAACUAAUUCGGCCCCACCUGGACCGGAGGAAGUUGAAGUGGCUGAAAAUAAUCAUCCUGACCCUCCAAGACCGACUUCAUCCCACGAUCCUCAUCCUUUGGAUGAAGCCUCGGACCCUGCUUUGAAAGCAUUGCCUUCAUAUGAAAGACAGUUUCGGUACCAUUAUCAAUUUGGAGAUGCAAUUUACAGGCGUACCCUUGUGAAAUACGAAACCUGUGAGAGGCUUGCAAGAGAACAAAGGGUGCAAGAAAAGGCAUUGGAGAUUGCUAGGGGUAAUUUGGACCAUUUCUACAAGAUGAUCCUCCAGAACUACAUGGAUUUCGUCAAGUGUUAUUCACAGCAGCAGAGGACACAUUCAAAUCUUUUAGUGCAUUUCGGGAGGGAUUUAGAGAGACUCAGAUCCAUCAAACUUCUCCCUGUGUUACAAACUGCUGAUCGGAAAUGCUUAUUGGAUUUCGUGAAGGAAGAUAACUUAAGAAAAAUGGUGGAUGACUGUAGCAGUUCUCACAGGCAGUUUGAAAAUAAAGUUGGAGAGUUUAAGCAGGAAUUUGGAGAACUAAAGAGAAGCACUGAGCAUUUGUUUUCUAGUAAAGCUUCAAUCCUCAAUAGAGAUUUGGAGAGAACGGUUAAGGAGCAUCAGCACCAUAUUAACGAGCAGAAAAGUAUAAUGCAAGCUUUGAGCAAGGAUGUUGGCUUGGUGAAGAAACUCGUGGACGAUUGCUUGACCAGUCAACUCUCUAGUUCGCUGCGACCUCACGAUGCUGUUUCAGCAUUAGGUCCCAUGUACGAGGGCCAUGACAAAAGCUAUCUUCCCAAGAUGCAGGCUUGUGAGCGGGCUAUUUCCAACCUCCUGGUGUUCUGCAAAAAUAAGAAAUCCGAAAUGAACACAUUCGUCCAUAGAUACAUGCAAAAGAUUGCAUAUAUUCAGUACACCAUCAAAGAGGUAAGGUAUAAGUUUUCGGUUUUCACUGAGGCACUAAAGCGCCAAAACGACCAAUUUGAGCAUUUGAAGGUUGUUCGUGGUAUCGGUCCUGCCUACAGAGCAUGUCUUGCGGAGAUAGUGAGAAGAAAGGCGUCAAUGAAACUUUAUAUGGGAAUGGCUGGACAGUUGGCCGAAAGACUUGCAUCUAAGAGGGAAACGGAAGUAAGGAGACGAGAAGAGUUUCUGAAAGUACACAGUUUGUAUAUACCUAGAGACAUUCUAGCAUCGAUGGGCUUGUAUGAUACUCCUAACACUUGUGACGUGAAUGUAGCUCCAUUUGAUACUAAUUUACUCGAUAUUGACAUAUCAGAUUUGGACCGUUUUGCCCCUGAGCAUUUAGUAGGACUUUCUUUCAAGAAGGGUUCAUCUUCAAUGUCUCAAGAGAGCUCCCAUUCACAUGAAGUUGAUGAAAGUUCUGAAUGUGGUACUGAAAAGUAUAAUGAUUUUGUUGAGGCUUCUGAACUAGUGGAAAUAGCCGGAACUAGCAAGAUGGAAGUUGAGAAUGCUAAACUAAAAGCUGAACUUGCAUCCACAAUAGCUCUUCUUUGUUCUUUCUCACCAGAAGUUGAAUUUGAAUCUUUGGACGAUAGUAAAGUGGGAAAUAUGCUAAAAAACGCUGCUGAAAAGACUGCGGAGGCCUUGCGUUUGAAAGAUGAACACGAGAAACAUCUGCUAUCUAUGCUAAAAGUCAAGCAUUUGCAAUGUGAAUCGUAUGAGAAACGAAUAAAAGAGCUUGAACAGAGGCUAUCGGAUCAGUAUUCCUUAGAACACAAACUUAAUAAAGAUGAGUCAACUGGGAAAAUUGGCGAUAGCAAAUCGGAAAUCUCAGGGGAUGGAGAAACCCAUAUGCGUUGUGCAUCUUCUGAGCCUAUGGACGAGGCUUCUUAUGCUUCUAGUUCGUUACUUUUGAAAUCAGGAGGUAUUGAUUCCUCUGGAACGAUGAACCCUCAUUUGGACUCGUCGAUGCUGGAACCGAACCGCGAUGAAUCUCAUUUUAAUGAAAAAGAUGACAAGGAGACGAUGGUGGCGGAUGUUGGCAUGGCAUUGGCAACAAGUUCAACUGCUGAUUACAUGCCGCAGCCUUUGAAAACUUUACCUUCUGAUGAACAGGUGAAAGCUAGUGAUGAUCUUGUGGUUGAGUUGCAGAACUUGCUUACAGAGAAGUCGAAUCAACUAAAUGAAAUAGAAACAAAGCUCCAAGCUGCAGUGGAGGAGGUUACAAGGCUGGGUAGUGAGUUGGAAAUCAGUCGGAAUCUUCUAGAUGAAUCUCAGAUGAAUUGUGCUCACUUAGAGAAUUGUCUGCACGAAGCAAGAGAAGAGGCACAAACCCAUCUUUGUGCGGCUGAUCGUAGGGCUUCUGAAUAUAGUGCAUUGCGUGCCUCUGCUGUUAAAGUACGCAGCCUUUUCGAACGGCUAAAAACCUGUGUUUUAGCAGGUGGUGUAACUGGUUUAGCUGAGUCUUUGCGUGCUUUAGCUCAAUCUCUCGCCAAUUCUGCAAAUGAGAACGGGGAUGAUGGUACUUCUGAGUUCCGUGAAUGCGUUCGGGUGCUUGCAGAGAAAGUCGGUGUUUUGACGAGGUACCGAUCCGAGCUGAACGAUAGGUACACAAAGGCAGAGGCGUUACACGAGCAACUUACAAAGGAGUUGGAUGAAAAGAAAGAAUUGGUCAACACUUUGUACAUGAAGCUUCAAUCCGAAAAACAGGUGAACAAGGAGAAGAUAUCGUUUGGUCGUUUGGAGCUUCACGAGAUUGCUGCAUUUGUACUUAACGUAGCCGGACACUAUGAAGCCAUCAACCGAAACUGCACUCAUUACUAUCUUUCUUCAGAGUCGGUGGCCUUAUUUGCCGACCAUCUUCCACACCGCCCCACGUACAUCGUGGGCCAGAUUGUGCAUAUCGAGAGACAAACGGUGAAAUCGUCUGCGGUUCGUAACAACCGUGUAGAUGUGGGGUCGAGCCAGUUUGCCUUGAAUUCAGGAGGGACUGGUGUGAACCCGUAUGGUUUAGCUGUUGGCUGCGAGUAUUUCGUGGUGACAGUAGCCAUAUUACCCGAUACGACCAUUCAUUCGCCGACUGCUGCUGCUUCCUGAUCUCAUGAAUACUGACUGGUUUGUUAAGAUAUGAUGGAAGAAUGAAAAAGGCAAGUGUAAAUAUUUGACAUUUUUAAUUGGAAAAAUGGGAAGGAAAAGUUUGUUGAUUGAAUUUGAUUUGAGUUUCAUUUCAUGUACAGUUUGAUGAUCCAUCAUAACCUGUUUCAGUUGUAUAUAUUAUUAACUCUUCCCUCUCUCAUCUCAUCUCAUCAUGUAAACAACUCUGUAUAUUAUGUUUCAUCCAUGAAAUUUGGGAACCAGCAGCCAG